CCGCCCCCCGCCGCCCUCCUUCCUCUAAGAACCCUAACCCUAAUGCCCCCAAGCUCCCUGAACCCGUCACUUCCCUUGCAGGCAACCGUCUCAAUCUCCAUAACCGCAUCUUAACCCUAAUCCGCGAGAACGAUCUCGACGAGGCCUCCCUUCUCGUCCGUCACUCCAUCUACUCCAACUGCCGCCCCACGAUCUUCACCUGCAACGCCGUACUAGCUGCUCUCCUCCGUCAAUGCCGCUACUCCGACCUGCUCACACUCCACCGUUUCAUCACCCAGGCCAGCGUCGCCCCCACGGUCAUCACCCACAACCUUCUCCUCCAGGCCUACUGCGACUGCCGCAAAACCGAUACUGCACUGGAGCACUACCGACUCAUUGUCAAAGAAGAUUCCCCAGUGAACCCCUCGCCUACCACCUAUCGGAUUCUCGUCAAGGGCCUCAUUGACAACAACAAGGUAGAUCAGGCCGUGGAUCUCAAGAAUGACAUGCUUGGUAAGGGCCACUGCCCGCCGGAUGCCAUUGUUUAUAAUCAUCUCAUGACUGGUUUUGUUAGGAACGAUGAACCGGAUCGCGUUAUUGAAUUGUACGAGGAACUGAAGGAGAAGCUUUCUGUGGCUGGUGGAGAUAGUAUAUAUGAUGGCAUUGUGUAUGGAAAUCUAAUGAAGGGGUAUUUCAUGAAGGGGAUGGUGAAAGAUGCCAUGGAUUUGUUUGAACGAGUUCUUGGAGAAGGUUCGAAAGUCAGGUUUGGCCCCGUGAGCUAUAAUAUGGUUAUGGAUGCAUUGGCGAAGAACGGGCAAUUGGAUGCUGCCAUUGGAUUGUUUGAAAGGAUGCUGAGAGAACAUGAUCCCCCAAGGAGGAAGACAGUGAAUUUGGGAAGUUUUAACGUGAUGAUAGAUGGUUUUUGCUUAGCUAGACGGUUUGAGGAGGCAAUACAAGUUUUCAAAAGGAGGAUGGGGGAGAAGAAGUGCAAUCCAGAUGUUUUGUCCUAUAACAACUUGAUUCAUCACCUUGGGAAGAACGGUUUGGUUGCAGAGGCUGAAGAACUUUACAAGGAGAUGGGUGAGAGGGGAUUCAGUCCUGAUGAAUACACUUAUGUUUUGCUGGUAGAAUCCUGUUUUGGAGCUGGAAGGCCUGAUGAUGCAGUGGAUUACUUUAACAAGAUGGGGGAAUCUGGUUUGAGGCCAAAUGCUAAUGCGUAUGAUAAGGUUAUCGGUGGACUGGCAGACAUUCAAAGGCUUGAUGACGCACGAGUAUUUCUGGAUCUUAUGUUGGAGAGGGAGAUAAAGCCAAAUGUGAAGAGUUAUGAGAUGUUGGUGCAGUCCUUUUGCAAUGUGGCAAGACUUGAUGAUGCACUGAAGGCAUUGAAGGAUUUGUUGAUGGAUGAAGGAGUUAGUCUGAGUGAAGAAAUGAAGGAGCUUGUGUUGGAGGCAUUAAGGAGGGAAUCAAGAGAGGAGGAUUUCUCGAAGCUACUCGAAGAAGUUGAGAGGGAGAAAGCUGAGGCUGCAGCCCGGGCUGCGGAGGAGAAGGCGAAAGCUGAGGCUCUUGCGAGGGAAGAAGAGGAGAGGAAGAAGGCAGAGAAAGCUGCUAAAGAGGCUGCUGCUGCCAGAGCAAGUGCUGCAGCCAUUGAAGCAGUGUUGGGAAGAAAGAAGUUGACUGAUAACAAGGAAGAGGAGUCUCCUGCAACUGUUUCUGUUGCAGCUGAAGAGAAGGUUGGAGACUCUGGUUCUGCAGGCGAUGGAUCAUUGAAUGAGGUGAUUCUUGAGAACAGUUCAGCAGAUGUGAAAAAUGAAGGUGGAGGGAUUGCUUAGCAGAUGUAGGUUAGCAUCCUGGUGCUGUUGAAUUUUUUCGCUAAGGUUUCAGCUUCAUUGUCAAAAUCAUUUUGUUAAACACAGCAUUAUAAUGAGAUAAUUAUGUGAGUGUAACGAGCGAAAUUGCCUAGAAUUUCCAUAGAUAAAUAUAACUGUAAAAUAUCAUAUAUAUUAGUGAAAAUAUUUCCUAACCUGCUUUAAUUCGUCUUUAAAGCAACUUAUUGUGUUACAAAAGGGGAGAAUUUUACAUGCAUACUACUCAAUUCCUAUGUAAUUACAUAUCUAACACCACCUGAACUUCAAUUUUUACUCAUAUACCACCUUUACUGUGCAUGAGAAGGCGAAUUUCACUUUUUAAAUAUUAAAAUAGUGAUAUAUUUGAUGUGAUAUAAAACAUUUGGAUGGUAUUAGUAUAAAAAUCAAUGUUUAGGUGUUAAAUAUGUAAUUACACAGGAAUUGGUAAUCAUUGGACAAAAUAGCCGAUUGCUGUAGUGUCUUAGGCCCUUAAUCUGAUCUUCACAUAAAAAACCCAUCAUUUUAACUUGACAAAUAUGAAAUAUAUAUUUUUCAUGCUAGGUCAGUGGCAUGUAUGUAAAAAUUUAAGUUUAGGUGUUAUAUAUAUAAAUGCAUAAGAAUUGAUCUAUAUGAAUGUAAAGUUUCCUUAUUACUUUCAUCAUUGAUUAUACCCAUGGGCAUCAUCUUCUUUGCUACCAAUUCUUACCUUGCUUCACUGCAUUGUUACAUCAUGCUACCUGUUCCAAGCUUUGAACCCAGUCUUCCUACACAAGAUUUGAAUGGAACCUAAA